GCAUCAGCAUCGCCAUCUCGUGCACUCAUCGUCACCGCUCAGCAUCAUCAUCGCUUGUGCUCACUGUCGCUGCUCAGCAUCGUCAUCGUCGCUCAGCAUCGUCAUCACCGCUCACCUGAGAAGCCUGUGUCAGGCGCUGAAUCUGUUCAAGGAAGACAAAGUCAGUGGAAAAGAUAAUACAAAGACUAAUAAGACUAAGGAUGAUGCGGGAGAAGAUGGUACUGGUGCAAAGAAUGAUACAAGGAGUGAUGCCCAAGCAGUUGAAAAUAGUGAGGGAGAGAAAUAUAACCCAGUAACAAAGAAGGAUGGAGAGAAUAGCACUCCUUCAAAAGUAGCUUAUUUUUUAGAGCUGAUGAAGGUGCCACGAGUAGAGUCAAAGUUAAGAGUAUUCUCUUUCAAGAUCCAAUUUAUGUCUCAGGUUAUAGAAUUUAAGAAGAGUUUAAAAGCUGUGAACUCUGCUUGUGAAGAGGUCCGAAAGUCUGUCAAGCUGAAGGAGAUCAUGAAGAAAAUUCUUUUUUUGGGUAAUACAUUAAAUCAAGGAACAGCUAGGGGAUCCGCAAUUGGAUUCAAGUUGGAUAGUCUUUUAAAGCUUACUGAUACUCGUGCUUCUAACAAUAAGAUGUCACUGAUGCACUAUCUUUGCAAGGUUCUAACUGAUAGGUCGCCUGGACUACUUGACUUCUACUUAGACCUUGUAAGCCUGGAAGCUGCGACUAAGUAUUCUUUUUCCUCUCAUAAAGUGAACUAAUAAAGCGCUCAUGGAUCAACGCAUUUUCCGAACAUAGAUGUGGAUAAUAUGGAGGAUGAUGAUAAUGAAGAUUAAGUUGAUUAUUAUUGUG